UCUCUGGUACUACAGCGCUGGAAAAGCACCAAGACGCAUUCAAGACCACAAGAAAUGUUGUAAAAUGUUUCAGACUGUCGUCACUAAACCCUGCGGUGCUUUACCUAACUCAUUGUAAUGAGAAAUGAGACCAUAUACAUAUAUAAACUUAGAUGUAAAUAUGUAUAUAUGUCUCAGUAUGAGACAACAAUCAUGUAUCAUCAGGCUUCAAACUGUUUAUUAAUGUCGCCGUUUAGUAACGUCCGCUAACAGCCGGAGCUGGGAGUCCUGAACGCGUCUGUUCUGACUGUUUAUCAUGGUGACUGUUGUGGAGCUGCUGAGCCUCCUGCUGGUGUCGGUGUUGUGGGGCUGCACCAACCCGUUCCUGAAGAGAGGAACCGAAGGAAUAGAGACGGUUCAACACAGGAACAGAGUCCUCCAGCUGCUGGCAGAGAUCAGGUUCCUGGUCCUCAACCUCAAGUACCUGGUGCCGUUCCUCCUGAACCAGAGCGGAUCUUUAGUCUACUACUACACACUGUCCACCACAGAGAUGUCUCUAGCCGUCCCAGUGGCCAACUCUCUGUCCUUCCUCUGCACUCUAGUCACUGGGAAGCUACUGGGAGAAAAGAUCGGAGGGAAACGAGCUGUGUUGGGGAUGUUCCUCACCAUGUCUGGCAUCACUCUGUGUGUGAUCAGCUCCAUUAAUGACACAGAGACCAAGAACCAGAGUCUGAGUCAGGCUGCCAGCUGACCAACAACAUUAAACACUGUAAAUCAUCAGUGACCUGAUGAUUAUUUGGUUUGGAAAAAAAUGACAGAAAAAUGAGUUAGAAAAGCAGAAAAAAUAGAUAGAAAAACUAAGUCAGAACAUGCUUAUUUCUAGAUUUAAUAAAAAAACAGAAAAGAUGAGUCAGAAAAACAGAAAAAAACGUCAGAAAAACUGUGAAAAAAAUUGUCAGAAAAGCAAAAAAAAAAUGAGACAGUAAAACAGAAAAAAAUGAGUCAAAACAUGCUUAUUUCUAGAUUUAAUAAUCUUAAUUUAAUAAAUCUUGUCAAAGUAAAUUAUCUGUCCAUGCAGCAAGAUCAUUUCCCUCAGAUUUACUGUUUUACCUGGUUUUUAAACACCUUUUAUCAGUAGUUUAUGCAGCAGGACCAGAGGAGCAGGUUCAGGUCCAGACAGCAGCAUCUCUGGAGGGAGAAUGGUUCCUAAUGAAGCUCAGAGGUCCUCAUAGAAACCGUCCAGAGACUCUGCCACCAGGCUUAAGGCUGCUGGUUCAUGCAGAGUUCACCAGACCAGAUUUAUGACGCUCCUAUAGAAGUUCCUGUUGUUAACUUUCCUUUAAGCUCUGCCGUCCCACCAUGAGACAGAGAAACCAUAGAGAUGAGGCUGCUGUCUGAACGGACCAGUUAGCUGGUCCUCCUGGUUUAUGGGGACGUUUUACUGCCAUCUGUCCUCUGAGAGAGACAGAGACUCAUAUUUAUUUAUCUCAGGAUAAAGAAGCUUUCAUUCACUUCUUGUCCUGCUGCCUUAGUAUCGGCAUGUUUUACUGAGUUAGAUCAACCACUGAAGCACUUUUCCUCCAGUUAAAUACAAAAAAUAUCCUGUUUAGAGCUGCAACAAUUAUUCUAUUAAUGGAACAAUAAUCGAUUAUUAAAUUAAUCAUCAACUAUUCUGAUAAUCCAAUAAUUGGUUUGAUCAGUUUUUUAAAGACAAUCAAUCCAAAUUCUGUGAUUUCAGCUUCUUCAAUGUGAAUAUUUCUGGUUUCUUUGUUCCUUUAUGACAAUAAACUGAAUAUCUCUUUGGUUUGUGGACAAAACAAGAGAUUUGAGGACAAAAUCUUGUGGUUUGGAAACACUCUGAUAUUUUUAGUCAUUUUGUCUUUUUUAGGUCAUCUUGUAUCUUUUUGGUGAUUUUUGGUGUCUUUUUUUAGUCAUUUUGUGUCUUUGUCUCUUUUUUGGGGAUUUUUUGUGUCUUUUUUUGUCAUUUUGUGUCUUUGUCUCUUUUUUGGGGAUUUUUUGUGUCUUUUUUUCGGUCAUUUUGUGUCUUUGUCUCUUUUUCGGGGAUUUUUUGUGUCAUUUUUUUUGUCAUUUUGUGUCUUUAUGUGUCUUUUUUCGGUCAUUUUGUGUCUUUUGAUGUCAUCUUGUGGUUUGGGAAACACUCAUUGAUAUUUUUAUACUUUUUUUUCAGCAAACAACUAGAUUAAUGGUUUAAAUAAUCAACAGAUUAAUCCAUAAUGAAAAUAAUCGUUAGUUGCAGCCCUAAAAAUUACCCAACAAAUGGAAAUUUCUGUAAAUGUCUGUGAUGUUUUUAUUUCCAUCAGUUUGGUGUAAACGAGCUUCAUCGUUUCACAGAUUUCAGGAAUAAGAGAAAUGUUUUUGUGAUAUAUUUUUAUUUAUUGUCACAGUAUUUAAUGGAUACAAAACACUGUAAAGAGACUUUAUGUUCAUCCGUCCAGCUUGUGAUGCUGCUCAUAUUUUAUUAAUAAAUUGUUGGCAAAACACGA